UCAAGAGAAAUCAAUGCAAACAACAAAGAGUAAGACAAUGGCAAAGAUUUCUCUGUUUUUGGUGUCUUUAGUUUGUGCUCUGGCUUUGGCCUCAGCUCAGAGUGCCACCAAUGUGAGAGCUACUUAUCACUUGUACCAACCUGAGCAGCAUAAUUGGGACUUGAAUGCAGUGAGUGCAUAUUGUUCAACUUGGGAUGCAAACAAGCCCUUAUCAUGGCGCAGCAAAUAUGGUUGGACAGCUUUUUGUGGACCUUCUGGCCCUACGGGCCAAGCAUCUUGUGGCAAGUGCUUGAGGGUUACAAACACUAGAACAAACACUCAGGAAACUGUGAGAAUUGUUGACCAAUGCAGCAAUGGAGGGCUCGACUUGGAUAUUGGUGUCUUCCAAAAACUGGACACAGAUGGGAAUGGUUAUGCUCAAGGCCAUCUUAUUGUCAAUUAUGAUUUUGUGGACUGUCGUGACUAGAUUUUGCAUUCAAAAGACUAGCCAGCAAUAUUACUUGUUAUUGCUCUGGUUAUAAAUUAUAAUAAGCUUUUGUGCAUCAAUAAACCAAAGGAAUAAAGGAUCAUAUGUAUGUCGCCAGCACCACCCAGGUGGUUUAUAUGGUUAUUAACAAUACUAGUGAAAUAAAUGAAAUGGUCUGAAUUCUCAUUUCAAAA